AUGGGCUUGGCGGCCAGUACAGGGCACCAUGGUAACAACGCCCCAGCGGACACCACCUCAACUUGCCGCCGCUGUUGUGCUCUGACCUCAUUCAUCACCAACUUGAACCACGUAGAGCUAUCUCAUCAACCGUCAACAAAAGCUUGCUCACCACUUCAACCAAGGAAUAUAGGAGAGACGCCCGAAAAGAAAUAUAUCCCCGACAUGGUUUGCGCAAAGUGCCAAAAGAAGGAAAAGACGACCCUCGUCACGCCGGCGGUCAAGAAGAAGAGUGAGAUGUACUAUGGCUCCCCAGCAGCAGCAACAUCGUCAUCAUCGAGCUCGGCCACGGGACCCAAAAAGUCGGCAACUCUGGGCAACACAGGAGUGACAAAGAGCAAACUGCUGUCCAAGGCGGCUCAGAACCCCUAUGCUCAAUACUCCAGCACUUGUACGCGCUGCAAGGCAAAAGUAUCACAAGGCCACACCUUUUGCAAUAAAUGCGCGUACCGCGCCAACUCCUGCGCAAUCUGUGGCAAGCCCAACAAAACCACUACUGCCGGAGCACCCCUUGUGAACGGCCAGAAGUUCACCUUGAAGUGAGCAUGUCGCAGACAAAUCGUUGCUGGAUAGGCACGAAAAUUACCAAAGCUACGCUGCGAUACGAUAAGCUCGAGUAUAGCCACAUGAACGACGUAAACGACAUGCCCAACGAUCCACUUGGCCUUCAUCAGUUUCUAGGUUUUGCCUGUACUGCUAACUUUAUGCUGAGAGACUCGACACACGGUCGUACCGUCAAGAGCAACAGUCCCCGGAUCACUGAAGGCUUCUUCAGUUUGACUUGACCAGGGAACGAGGUGUAUCCUCCCGUGUAGAGCGUUGUACAAUCCUAGAGGCUGAGCAGACGCUCAGGGGAAUCAGGGAAUUACAGCGCAUUGGAUGCCACGUGAGAUCGUGUAUAUUUGGUGCUGGACUAUGGAUACGGCAUGAAAUGUUGGAUGGAUACGAGUUUACAGAUGGUGUCUUCAGGAAGGCACAGCCUUGCCCCCAAAUCACUACUUGAGGGGGCGGAAGAGAUGGGUAUGUUGACAGAUGUUGAUGCCAUGUAGGCAAAGGUACUUUCUGAUUACCCCACGAUGGUAAUCGUGCUGGAGUGUAGUGCAAUAGGUGGUUCAGGGACAGAAGCUGUGAGCCCUACAAACGUACACCUUGGCUAAGAUGGUAAUAGAGGCAUAACUCAGUCUUGAAAGAUUUCUGUCUUCCAAUCGAUCUGUUAUCCAUCCCUUCUUCACCGCUUGCCUUUGCAUUGCCAGUCUGAAUCUAUUGCAAUCGCACCAUGUAGGUAGCUGACUUGGAUGUGUUGAAUCCACCAUCUUACCGAUCCCAUGUCUACUCAUCGCCCAACAGCCAAUAGCUCUCCCUCUUCCCUUACCCACUUAAAAAGGUAC